AUUUCCCCUCUUUCAAUUUAUAAGUUAAUGUUUAGGAUAUUAAAACACCUGUCUCAAUUAAGGAAUGGCUUCUUGAUUUGUAGUUGCAUCAGUGAUAACCAAGUGAAUUAGUCAGUGGUUUAGUUAUUCUAAACCCGGCUCCGACAAAAAUCGUAAUGUUUUUCCAGAUUUUAACUUAAUUUCGAAUUAAGAAUAAUGGCGCACCGUUUGUUGCUUACUACUAGAAAACUUGAAAGAUUGAUUCUCACCGGUCUUGGCCAAGGCACAAUUGACAGUUUCUCUCUUUGCAAAAACUUGUCAGAACUUGCUAGAAGCCGAGGAAUACCUAGCUUAGAUAAAAUUUGGCAGGAAUGGCGUGUUUUCUGUGAAAAACCUCCUCAUGGGUUCGAGAAGUAUUUUAAAGAAAAACAGAAACAAACCAAUAAUGAAGGGAAAACUGCAAAAGAACCGGCUAAAGAUGCUCCUUCUUCGGCAGCUCAAGAGGCCCAGCCAAAAUCUUAUCAAAAAUCUGCGCCAUCUUCCAAACCUAGCUCUCAGCAAUGGUCUUUUGGAAUGUUUGGUGGAACAAGAGGCACUGGUUCAAAGCCUUUAGGAGAUAGUGAGAAGGAAAAAUGGUUUCUUUUUGGCUUAGUUGGGGUUGUUGGGCUUAUAGCAGCUAUUGCAUACUAUGAGAUGGGCUUUAAAGAAAUAGCAUGGAAAGAAUUUGUUAAUAAUUAUUUGUCAAAAGGAAUAGUUGAAAAACUUGAAGUUGUUAACAAGAAGUGGGUCCGUGUUCGUCUUUCACCAGGAAAUUCUGUUGAUGGUGCAAGUGUGUUGUGGUUCAACAUUGGAAGUGUGGAUUCUUUUGAAAGAAAUUUAGAAAAUGCUCAAAUGGAGAUGAAUAUUGAACCACCUAAUUAUGUUCCUGUGGUCUACAAAUCAGAGUUGGAAGCAAGCAGUUUAACUGGUUUCCUGCCCACUAUUCUUAUUAUAGGGUUUUUGAUUUAUAUGAUGCGAAGAUCUGCUGAUAUUAUGGGAGGCCGUGGGGGUCGUAAAGGUGGUAUUUUUGGUGUUAUGGAAUCAACAGCAAAGUUAAUAAACUCGAAUGAAAUUGGAGUAAGAUUUAAAGAUGUUGCUGGUUGUGAGGAAGCAAAGUUAGAAAUAAUGGAAUUUGUUAAUUUCUUAAAAAAUCCACAUCAGUAUAUCGAAUUAGGAGCAAAAAUACCAAAAGGUGCAAUGUUAACAGGUCCACCUGGAACUGGAAAAACUUUAUUAGCCAAAGCAACUGCUGGCGAAGCCAAUGUACCCUUUAUUUCUGUUUCUGGUUCUGAGUUCCUUGAGAUGUUUGUUGGUGUUGGACCAUCAAGGGUUCGAGAUAUGUUUGCUAUGGCUAGGAAGCAUGCUCCUUGUAUACUUUUUAUUGAUGAAAUAGACGCUGUUGGGAGAAAAAGGGGUGGCCGAAGCUUUGGAGGACAUUCGGAGCAAGAAAAUACUCUUAAUCAACUAUUGGUAGAAAUGGAUGGUUUCAACACAAACAUGAAUGUUGUGGUACUUGCAGCUACAAAUCGAGUUGAUAUUUUAGAUAAAGCUCUUAUGAGACCAGGUAGAUUUGACAGGCAAAUAUUUGUGCCAGCCCCAGAUAUCAAAGGCAGAGCAUCAAUCUUUAAAGUUCAUUUGCAACCUUUAAAGUCAACUCUCGAUAAGGACAACUUAGCAAGAAAGCUUGCAGCUCUCACUCCAGGUUUUACAGGUGCUGAUAUUGCUAAUGUAUGUAAUGAAGCAGCCUUGAUAGCAGCUCGUGAUUUAAAUGAUAGCAUUAACAUUAAACAUUUUGAACAAGCAAUUGAACGAGUAGUGGCUGGAAUGGAGAAAAAAACAAAUGUUUUGCAACCAGAAGAGAAAAAAACAGUAGCAUAUCACGAAGCUGGUCAUGCAGUUGCUGGAUGGUUUUUGAAACAUGCCGAUCCAUUAUUGAAGGUUUCAAUUAUUCCUAGAGGAAAGGGUCUUGGCUAUGCUCAGUACUUACCUAAAGAACAAUAUCUUUAUUCUAAAGAGCAACUUUUUGAUAGGAUGUGUAUGACAUUAGGAGGAAGAGUAUCCGAAGAAAUAUUUUUUAAUCGCAUUACUACUGGUGCUCAGGAUGAUCUACAGAAAGUUACUCAGAGUGCUUAUGCACAGAUAGUCCAUUAUGGAAUGAAUGAGAAGGUUGGAAAUUUGAGUUUUGAAGUACCCAAACCAGGAGACAUGGUUUUUGAGAAACCCUACUCUGAAAGCACAGCACAGCUCAUAGAUGCUGAAGUUAGAUCUCUCGUUGAUUGUGCACAUAAGUUUACAAUAGAACUUCUGACUAAACAUAAAACGGAUGUACAAAAGGUUGCUGAAAGAUUGCUGAAGCAUGAGAUCUUGAGUCGUGAGGAUAUGGUGGAAUUAUUAGGACCAAGACCAUUUCCAGAAAAAUCAACAUAUGAAGAUUUUGUUGAAGGUACUGGUUCCUUCGAAGAAGAUACUACUUUGCCUCCUGGCUUGAAGGAGUGGAAUAAAGAAAGAAGUCCACCCACUCCUCCUCCCCCUACAACACCUACUCCUAGACCUUCGCAAACUACACUCUGAGCUGCUAAUAAACAUUAAUAUAUCUCAGAAAAUAUAUACCAUGAUAACUGUUGCUCUUUAUGCCGAUGUUGCCUUAUUAGUCUCCAUGUGUUUUAAACGUCAUGUCAAGAUCUUAAUUUUUUUUUUUAAUUAAAUAAAUUUUGUUUUUGAACUUUUUUCUCGUUUUUGCUUCCUAUUUUUGAGGUAAAUGAGAAAUGUUAGUUUAAGAGGUAUUUAUACAAAUCUUUUAAUUUAUAAACAUUAUCUUAAGUUAUUUCAUAAAUAGAUAUAUUUAUUGUAGAUAAUUAGGAGAAUAUAAACUGAGCAAUCCAACAUGGAAAAAAUAAAAAAGGUCAAUAAAUAGUUAUGUAAAUUCGGUCAUCUUUAAAGAACCUAACUAUGCUAAAAAUAAUCAAGGAUUGUUUCUUCUCAAAAAUCUAUAACUAAGAUGGGUAGAAUAUUUUCAGAAUUUAUUGAAUUCUGGGUUGCUAAGCUCAAGAUUCCGGCUGAUGUAAAGUAAUUUUUCAACAGUUGUGGGAUGGGGAGACUCCUGGGGCAUAUCUAGCCUCUAUAAUAAAGUAGGUAUUCUUAAUUAAAUAGUUAAUGAAAGGGAAAAACAUAGCUGCUGAGUGAUCCUGGUCCGAUCACCUCCCUUCACAACUAUUGGCCUUGAAACAGUACUUCCUAACAAACCCAAAACCCUUCAUGGGUUAUAGUGGUAGAGAUUUUUUUUAACUCUUGAGUUGUUGGAUAUCCAGGAACAAUUACAACUACUGUGAAAUGUUAGUUUAAUUUUGAAAAUAAAGGUUAUCAAGAAGCCAAUUUAUAGCUGGAAAAGUAACCAGUCUAAUUUUUACUUAUUUAUUUCACCCUCUCUUGCCUUGAGAUAAAUCCAGCAACCAAGUGUUCAGGAAAGUUUACCAUGUUUACUGUAAUGACUGUGAUUUAAAAAAAAAAAAAUGUUUUAAAAAAUUUAUUUCAAAUGAAUACAUAACAUAAUAUAUAUAUAUACAUCAAUAGAAAAUAUUUUAAAUACAUUUAAUAUGGAUUUAUCCAACAUUAA